AUGGCGCUCAGUCGCGAAGAGCCGAUGCUGCAGAGUUGGCAAAGGCCAGCGGCGCAAGAUGAUUGUUCACGGAACGCGAUGGACUUCAUCGGCAAUCGAGAGGCUGCACGGAUCCGCGCAGAAGCGGAGGAGCUGGAGCGUCAGCAGGCAGAGCAGCGGAGGAAGGCACGAGCCUUGGAAUGGACCAAUGGCCAGCAGAGCAUCCCCUUACGUGAGCUGCGGCGGAAGCUGGAGAAGGAUCAGAAGGUGGAGCUCAGCGAGAACGAGGUGAAAAGCUUGAUAAGCUCCAGCGCGGCGAGCUUGGAGCAGCUGAGCAGUGAGAAAUUCGAGGUGCAACUGGGCAUGUUGGCCUCUGCCAAGCGCGAGACUGCCCGCGCCCUGGCGGCAGCGGCAGCGAAGGAGCGAGAGGCGCAGGCGCAGGCUGCUCAGCUCCAAGAAGAGAUCCAAGGCGUCUUUGCCACGGACGUGGAGGGGGAUGACCGGAGCAUUCCAGUGCGGCUGGCUGCCUCAUUAGUCUAUUUGCUGCCUUUGAUGGAUGGACUCCAAUUUGGUCUUCCUUUGCUGGAUAUUUUCCCGUCGCUCGUUCCUCUAGUGCAACUGGUGGCUCCUUUGGUGAUGCUCAAGAAUGCCAUUCCUUUCGGCACCUUCAUCUUCCUGAUCCUCUUCCAGGCACAAGCCCGGAACGGGGGGUUGCCCCAGAUCUUGCGCUUCAACCUUGCUCAAGCGGUUGUCCUGGAUGUUUUGUUCAUCGUGCCAGACUUCUUCAUGUCGAUUAUUGCCAUGGACUUGCCAUCGAGUUUCCUGGUGGCGCUUUUCGUAAUGCUUUUCGGCGUCAUUGUGUACUCGGUGACAUUGACACUGCUGGGGAAGCUACCCGAUGGCUUGGGCGGCAUAUCAGACAUGACUCGACGUAACUUGGGUGGCGGCUUGGGUGGCGGAUUGGGUGGCGGCUUGUGA